CACUCUGUCAGACGCGCACAGGAGAGCUGCGUGAUUUUUGUCAGUGUGUGAGAUGAAGAUGAGGAAGAUGAUGUGGAUGCGCGCGCGGUCCACCCACGCAGGAUCGCUCCUGACUCGCGCGCCGCGCGUCUGAUUCUCGCGCUGAACUGUACAUUAAUAUUUGCGGAUGAUGAAGAUGCGCGAGUAACACAGGAUGAUGAAGACCGAGCCCACAGUAAUGAGAAAUCCGCCACGCGCGCGUCCGUCUCAUUCACCGCGCAGCGAACGAUGAGCGCCGGCGGGAAUCUGCGCGUUACCCUGGAAACGGCAGCGGAGCGCCGGAGACACGAGCGAACGCGGGCCGAACGGAGGGACUCGUCAGGCGGAUUAAAGAGAGCCGAGCGGCCGCUGGAGGACGCGUUUAUUUCGCGUUUAUUGCCUUCAUUAUGCGUGAAAUAUUGAUGAUAUUUUGAAAUAAAUCAGUUAUGAAGAUGAGCGGCAUCGCGUCACACGCGCUUACGUUAUGGAAUAAGAGACAGCAUGCAGUGAUUUUCCCGCAGAACUGAUCUGGGAACAGCGAGCAGGAGACGCACAGCUGAUGGAGAGUUUGAGUCACUUUAAUCUCACUGAAGAUUUUACAUGCAAGUUUCGUCCGUGAAAAGACACGCGCUUACAGACAGACAGGUAGAGAGAGAGAGACACGCGCAGGCCUCACGCCUCCUGUCUCUCUGCUGCGAGCACGCUCGUGCUCGCAGGAAGAGCUUUGCCACAUCGCGGCAGAGAAGCAUGGAAACUCCGCCCACUGCACCUGCCCAGCCAUUCCGACAGCCUAGUUUUCUAAGUCGCCGUCUAAAAGGAUCAAUCAAAAGAGCAAAAAGUCAACCCAAACUCGACCGGACUGGAAGCUUUCGACACAUGAUUCUCCCACGAUUCCGCAGUGCUGACCAGGAGAGGACGCGUCUCAUGCAGAGUUUUAAAGAGUCUCACUCUCACGAGUCUCUGCUCUCUCCGAGCAGUGCAGCAGAGGCUCUGGACCUCACGCUGGACGAGGAUGCCAUCAUUAAACCCGUCCACUCCAGUAUACUCGGUCAGGAGUACUGUUUCGAGGUAACCACUGCAUCAGGCACCAAAUGUUUUGCAUGUCGUUCUGCGGCUGAGAGAGACAAAUGGAUCGAAAACCUGCAGCGUGCCGUGAAACCCAACAAGGACAACAGUCGACGUGUGGAUAACGUACUGAAGCUCUGGAUCAUCGAGGCCAGAGAUCUUCCAGCUAAAAAGCGCUAUUACUGUGAGCUAUGUCUGGAUGAUAUGCUGUACGCUCGCACCACCAGCAAACCACGAACGGAUACAGUCUUCUGGGGUGAACACUUUGAGUUUAAUAAUCUGCCUGCCAUCCGCAGUCUGAGGUUACACCUGUACAAGGAGACGGACAAGAAGAGACGAAAGGAGAAGAGCACAUAUCUGGGUCUGGUCAGCAUCCCUAUCUCCAGUAUAACAGGCCGUCAGUUUGUGGAGCAGUGGUAUCCCGUCAUUCAGCCCAGUGUUCUGGCCAAAGGGGGCGGAGUCAGCGGUGGAAAGAUCAUUAAUGCCUCGCUGCGACUCAAAUCUCGCUAUCAGACCAUGAACAUCCUUCCUAUGGAGCUUUACAAGGAGUUUGCCGAGUACGUGACCAAUAACUACAGGAUAUUGUGUGGCGUCCUGGAGCCUCUGUUGAGCGUGAAGAGUAAAGAAGAGGUGGCGUGUGCGCUCGUACACAUCCUACAGAGUACAGGAAAAGCUAAGGACUUCCUGUCUGACAUGGCGAUGAGUGAGGUGGAUCGUUUUAUGGACCGUGAGCAUCUGAUCUUCAGAGAGAACACACUGGCCACCAAAGCCAUUGAGGAGUUCCUGAAGCUCAUAGCACAUCGAUAUCUAAAAGACACCAUAGGUGAGUUCAUUCGUGCUCUGUAUGAGUCGGAGGAGAAUUGUGAAGUGGAUCCUAUGAGGACUCCUCCAUCUGUCUUGGUGGAUCAUCAGGCUAAUCUGCGUAUGUGCUGCGAGCUGGCGCUCUGCAAGAUCAUCAACUCUCAUUGUAUAUUUCCUCGGGAACUGAAGGAGGUUUUUGCAUCAUGGCGCGUCCGUUGUGCCGAACGAGGUCGAGAAGACAUCGCCGAUCGUCUCAUCAGCUCGUCUCUCUUCCUGCGCUUCCUGUGUCCUGCCAUCAUGUCUCCAUCUCUGUUUAACCUGACACAAGAGUAUCCAUCUGAACGCACAUCACGAACCCUUACGCUCAUCGCCAAGGUCGUCCAGAGUCUGGCCAGCUUUUCAAAGUUUAGUGGUAAGGAGGAUUAUAUGAGUUUCAUGAAUGAGUUUUUGGAGAUGGAGUGGGGCUCCAUGCAGCAGUUUCUCUAUGAGAUCUCUAAUCUGGAGUGCGCGAGUAACGCCGGAGCGUUUGAAGGUUACAUUGAUCUGGGCCGAGAGCUUUCCAUCCUUCACAGUUUACUCUGGGAGGUCAUGGCCCAGCUCAGUAAGGAUGCCAUAUUGAAACUGGGGCCGUUGCCACGGUUACUGAAUGACAUCAGCGUGGCACUGCGGAACCCCCAGCUUCACCGUCAGGCCAGUCAUCAACCACCUGAACGUUACCUGUCACGGCCCGCCUUCACUCGACUCGCUACCAAUGACUUCCAGAGUCUCAUGAUGAGAGACCUUAACAGCUCUAUAGAUGUCUCUCGUCUCCCGUCUCCGACAGCCGGUUUGUCCGGCAGUGGAGUUCUGUCUCAUCCCGGAAUGGCCGCUUUCUCGGAGCGUGAUCACCGUGGAAACAAAGAUGUGUUCUAUGUGAGCCGCCCUCCUCUUGCACGCUCAAGCCCCGCCUACUGCACUAGCAGCUCUGACAUCACUGAUCCAGACCCAAAGGUUCUCAGCGUGAAUAAGAGCGUUUCUAUGAUGGACCUUCAGGACUCUCGCAUCAACAGCGUGUCGAACCUGCACUCCGUCAACGAUAUGCUCAACUCGUCUCAGGGGUCUCUCGCCGGGCUAGCAGGGUUCGGUCCUCUCAGGGCCGGAGGUCGCGUUUCGGCGGGAUCGGGCGCGUCGAGCAUGUCGGGCGGUUUGCGUCUGAGUCACUCGGGCGGCCUGACGACGGACUCACUGUCCCAGCAGCAGCAACAGCAGGCGGCCGCCAUGCACGUGCCUCUUUCCUUCCAGAACCCUCUGUUUCACCUGGCUUCCGACGGGCCGCAGUACCACACGCCACCCCACGCCCCCGCCGCGGCACCUCCCCCCCUGCUGUUGGCCCCCGAAACCGAGAACGGGCAUGCGGGAUUCGGCAUGCCGACGUUCGGACACAGCGGCUUCUCUCGCAGCGAAGACCUGUCGGCCCUACGCUCGCAGAACAGCCUGGUGCAGCCCAACAUCGUCCACUCGCACAGCUACAGCGACGACUUCACGCGCCACAACCAGGCCGACUAUGCCCGCAGACAGCUCUCGCUGCAGGUGCAGGAGAAUCUUCAGCAGCAGGUUUUAAUGGGCAUGGCCCCACAGACGGCGACCGGCACCGGCACGCCCGCUUCUCUGGCCACUCCUCCGACCACCAUUCAUCCUGUCCGUCAGGCCUCCGUGGCUCCUUCUCCCGCUCAACGCGUAAAGCCUCAGCCCUCCCACCAGCUGUCCAUCAGCUCGGCCGUAAACUCCACACCGCCCAAGGCCCGUCCUCAGAGCGGGAACCUGCUCCAGUCGCCCGAGUCGAGUUUCGGGGCGAGGCAGGCCCCGAGGCAGCAGUUGUCGGUGAAGGAAAGCCCCGCCCCCGGACUGCCGCAUCAGUCCAGCACGGCUGCCGAGAACGCAACCGGUCAGGGGAGCGCUAACGAGAAUGUCGAAAACACACCGAGCAACCAGACGGCCAAACCUGCGCAGCAGACAAACCAACAGCAUUUAUUAAAGCCGACCAUGAACAAACAAGGCUCCAAAUCUCCAUCCACCCUCAAUCCCCCCACAGCUGCUUCCGAGCGUACGGUGGCCUGGGUCUCCAACAUGCCACACCUGUCUGCAGACAUCGAGAGCCUCCGUGUGGACCGUGAGGAUUUUAAAUUGAAGGAACACUCGAAGAGCAUGGAUGAAUCUCGCCUGGACCGGGUGCGUGAGUACGAGGAGGAGAUUCACUCUCUGAAGGAGCGUUUGAUGAUGUCACACCGUAAACUGGAGGAAUAUGAGCGGCGUCUGCACUCGCAGGAGCAACAGACCAGUAAAAUCCUGCUGCAGUAUCAGAGUCGACUGGACGACAGCGAGCGACGUCUGCGCAUGCAGCAGAUGGAGAAAGACUCGCAGAUCAAAGGCAUCAUUAACAGGUUGAUGGUGGUAGAGGAUGAACUGAGAGGAAGUGGCAUGCCAGACCUCAAAACCAGAAUAUUUACAGAACAGCCCAUUUAUGGCGCCCAUUCUGGAACUUGAUUGGCCAUGCAGGACUAAUGGACAUGUAAUUGGUUAAACCUCAACCCAGGACUGUCUGUUGAUUGGCUGAGAGAGAAGAGAGAGGCGGAACUCGAGCAGGAAGAACAACUCCAACUCUGUAAUCUCUCUCUCUCUCUCACACACACACACACACACACACGCUGAGAAUAUAUAUCUAUACAUAUAUCUAUAUAUUGAUAUAUAAUAUAAACAUAUAUUCAUCAUGGGAAAUUUUCAGCCAAAUGGAAGACAAUCAGCAUCGUGAGGCCGAUCGAUUCAAUCACACACUGAUAAUCAGCACAAUGAACAGACAAAGAGAGAGAGAGAGAGAAAGACUCUCUCUCUUUCUCUUUCUAACUCUCUCAGUGUGUGUGUGUGCGUAUGUGUGUGUGUCUGUGUGUGUGUGUGUGUGUGUGUGUGUGUGUGUGUGUGUGCGUGUGUGUGUGUGUGUGUGUGUGUGUGUGUGUGUGUGUGUGUGUGUGCGUGUGUGUGUGUUUGUGUGCGUGUGUUGAUCAGUCGCGGCCUCAGCUUCCUAAUAAUAACUCAAUAACAAUUUUUUUCAAUCCUUUUCAAAUAUUGUUUUGAGGCGAUUGAUUCUUUCUGAGCCAAUGAGACGUUGUCAUAGCGCUCAGAAUCCCCGCCUCUUCCUGUCCUGAGAAGGGGGCGGGCUCUCCUCUCCGUGCCUACAGAGCUCCAUUCAAAAACAGGGCAAGGAAAGACUUUACGGACGAGUGAGUGGGACGCUCACGAUCUCAUCCGUGUGACUGAGUUUUCUUCAUCUAAACCACAGACGAGCAGAGGAUUGCGUGUAAUGAAGUGAUCUUGGUUUUAAUGUUGGCAUCAGUUAUCAGGUGACUUUGUGAUUCGAUGUGGGCUUGAUUCUCGAGAACUAAUGGAUGUGUACGUCUGUUGUGCGUGUGGUUAAUAAUUACGCUGUGUCUUAACCAGACGCAAUGUGACAAAGCAAUCAAACCUUCCUCUUCCACAUCAACCCAAGGUCCUGUCCUGAACCGCCUCGACAGCGACGAGCGAUGCGAAAUUGUGUCGGUCACUUGGUUCAUGUUCUCGCUAGACCCGUAUGCACCGCAAUCUCGUGUGUAUUAUACAUCAAACAUGGGUGAGGAGAGAAGUUUACAAUCAAAUCUUAUAUCAAAGGUCAAUUUUUUCCACAGCUGGUUAUGACACUGCAUUUAUUGAGUGAAAUCUGACAGAUUAAAGCUUAACGUAUUAAACUAUUUAUUUGUUUUUUAACCAAGCAACAAUUCAUUUAGCCACACAUUAUUAUAGCUCUGUUCCAAACCCUCGUGAACCAAUGACGUAAGGCACCCACCCACCCAAGAUCAAUAAAUGACCUGUAGUAUCUCCAUUUAGAUAAAUAGAUUUAUUUAUAAUGUAAAGAUGUAAUGUAAAGAAAAUGCAUUUACCCUAACAGUAUAUAAAUAUAUAUUGCACAACGUUUAUUGUUUUAAUGUACAGUAGCACUUUCAGUAAUGGCAUCAAGAGGUUUUAUUAUAGUAGGGACACUGAUGGGUUUUUUAUUCAGUGUAGAGAUCAAGUGGAUCACCAGGUUUUGGAACAGAAGACACACACACACACACACACACACAUGUGCUGUUUCGUGAGGCUGUCUGCUGGUUUCUGUACAUAGAGUUCAGAUUUACUGAUGGAAGGUUUCUCUCAUUUUAGUCACUUGAGUUUUUCUCUUUUCUUGAUGUUUGAUGGAUGAUAAUCAUAUACACCAGUAGCUGCUUUACUGGUGCGUGAGUCAAUUACUUUGUAUUUAUUUUAUGUUAAAAGUAUUAAUUUUGUCUGCAUUUUAGGUAAUAAUAGUUAUGAAAAAUAUAAUGAAUAGUGUUUCUGUGCCUACAGUUCCCAUGCGGAGUUCUCCGCAGUCCUGAUUGGCUAAACGUAGAGCUCUCUUCAGUCUUGAUUGGCUAAAGGCAGAGCUCUCUUCAUUUCUCAUUGGCUAAACGUAGAGCUCUCUUCAUUUCUCAUUGGCUAAACGUAGAGCUCUCUUCAGUCCUGAUUGGCUAAAGGCAGAGCUCUCUUCAUUUCUCAUUGGCUAAACGCAGAGCUCUCUUCAGUCCUGAUUGGCUAAAGGCAGAGCUCUCUUCAGUCCUGAUUGGCUAAACGCAGAGCUCUCUUCAGUCCUGAUUGGCUAAACGCAGAGCUCUCUUCAGUCCUGAUUGGCUAAAGGCAGAGCUCUCUUAAGUGCUGAUUGGCUAAACGCAGAGCUCUCUUCAGUCCUGAUUGGCUAAAGGCAGAGCUCUCUUCAGUCCUGAUUGGCUAAAGGCAGAGCUCUCUU